ACGUAAGACCUCAGCAUUUGUUUCUGACGCAUCAAGAGACAUCGUAGAAAAUGAGCAGCUUCCUCUCCUUUGACAAUUUCAAGAAAAGACUUCCCGUGACCGUAACAGCCGACGACGAUGAAUUCGACGAAGAUAUCUUGAACCACCUUCGUGAAGAGGGCUUCGAUGUGACCUAUUUACCAUUCGACCCCUCCAACCCAAAACCCUACCUCAACCAACUCAAACACCUCGCCGACGACCUCGAACUAGGUGAAACCUACUCCAUGAUAGCCUUCAACCAAGCCGCCGCAGUCUGCUUAGACUUCCACCUCAAACCCCAACCCAAACUCAAUUCCCUAAUUUGCUACUACCCAAACCAUCUCCCUUCUCCAAAAGCAACCUAUCCAACUCAACUCCAAGUUCUGGUUCAUCUUGCUGGGAACCAACCUUUCGCUCCCGCAGGCGUGAAAUCUUAUCAUUAUAAGAAUGCGCUUGUGGGGUUUGCGGAGAGGGAUUUGGACACGUGGGACGGAGUUGCGGGCGGGUUGAGCUGGACGAGGACGAUUGGGUGUUUGAGGAGGGGGUUUAAGAAGGAGGUGGAUUUGGAGCCGAUGAAGGAGAGUUAUUCGGAUCAGGUGUUUGGGAAGAAGAGUGCUGAGGGAGUGGCGGGGAUGAUGGUCCCGGAUUCGUAUAUGAAUUGCGUUCCGACAAUGACGGGCGGCAUCGGCCAGCAGGAUCUAUUCAUAUUCUAUCGAGACUACUUCAUUCCGAAGAAUCCACCUUCGCUGAGCAUCAGAUUGGUCAGUCGCACGAUUGGAACUGAUCAAGUGGUGGAUGAAAUGGUUCUCUCUUUCAAGCACACGCAAGAAGUGCCUUGGCUUUUGCCUGGCGUAAAGGCAACGAAUAAGGUCGUACACAUUGCGGUCGUUUCAAUCGUGGCGUUGCGCGGGGGACGUUUGGUGCACGAGCAUUUGUAUUGGGAUCAAGCGUCGGUGCUCGUGCAGGUUGGAUUGUUGGAUCCGAAGCUUGUGCCGAAACCGUUUCAAAGUCAAGGUUUGAAGCGAUUGCCUGUAUCGGGGAGCGAGGCGGCUGCGAAGGUGCUGAAUGAGGAGAGUCGGCCCAGCAAUGAGCUGAUCCCUGACUGGAAGCAGUCGAUGAGCAAGCAAGGCAGUCAAGCUCUGCCGCAGAGGCCGAAGCAGGCUGCGAACGGUGGCAAGGGUGCGCCAUCAUCAUAA